AUGACUAAAGAACACUCUGUCGUCCACGAAGCUCACAAAGUAGCUUUCCGCGAAACACCUGAACAUUUCUACAAAUCUCAACCAGCCAAGGGUUAUAUCACUUCUCCAGCUGAAUACGAAAAAAUGUAUAAACAGUCUAUUGAAGAUCCAGAGGGAUUUUUCGGUCCAAUGGCCAGAGAAUACUUGCAUUGGGAUAGAGAUUUUACCAAAGUUUUGUCUGGUUCCUUGUCAAAGGGUGAUAUUGCUUGGUUUUUAAACGGUGAACUAAACGCAUGUUACAAUUGUGUUGAUAGACAUGCAUUUGCAAACCCAAACAAACCGGCUAUUAUUUAUGAGGCAGAUGAUGAAAGCGAUAACAAAGUUAUAACUUUUGGUGAAUUGCUGGAAGAAGUUAGUAAAGUUGCUGGGGUUUUAAAAAGUUGGGGAGUUCAAAAAGGUGACACAGUUGCUGUUUACUUACCAAUGACUCCACAAGCUGUUAUUGCCAUGUUAGCUGUUGCUCGUUUGGGUGCUAUUCAUUCUGUUAUUUUUGCUGGGUUUUCUGCUGGUUCUUUAAAAGACCGUGUAGUUGAUGCUGGUUGUAAAGUUGUUAUUACCUGUGAUGAAGGUCGUAGAGGUGGUAAAACCGUUAAUAUUAAGAAAAUUGUCGAUGAAGGUUUGAAUGGGGUGGAACAUGUUUCUCAUAUUCUUGUUUAUAAAAGGACCGGUUCUCCAAAGAUUCCUAUGACACCAGGUAGAGAUUAUUGGUGGAAUGAAGAAACCGAAAAGCAAAGAGGGUAUAUUCCACCAGUUCCAAUUAAUGCCGAGGAUCCUUUAUUCUUACUAUACACAAGUGGUUCUACUGGUUCUCCUAAGGGUGUUGUUCAUACUACUGGUGGCUAUUUAUUAGGAGCCGCUUUAACCACCAGAUAUGUUUUCGAUAUACAUCCUGAGGACGUAUUGUUUACUGCAGGUGAUGUUGGUUGGAUUACCGGCCAUACCUAUGCUUUAUACGGACCAUUGUGUUUAGGUACGGCCACCAUUAUUUUUGAAUCCACACCAGCUUACCCAGAUUAUGGUAGAUAUUGGAGAAUUAUCGAGCGUCACAAAGCUACACAUUUCUAUGUUGCACCAACUGCUAUGAGAUUGAUCAAGCGUGUUGGUGAAGCCGAAAUCGCCAAAUAUGACACUUCUAGUUUAAGAGUUUUAGGUUCCGUUGGUGAACCAAUAUCCCCUGAUUUAUGGGAAUGGUAUCAUGAAAAGGUUGGUAACAAGAACUGUGUCAUUUGUGAUACUAUGUGGCAAACAGAGUCUGGAUCACAUUUGAUUGCUCCAUUGGCUGGUGCUGUUCCAACUAAACCAGGUUCAGCUACCGUUCCAUUUUUCGGUGUGAAUGCUUGUAUUAUUGACCCUGUUAGUGGUAAAGAGCUAAAAGGUAAUGAUGUUGCUGGUGUCUUAGCUGUCAAAUCGCCAUGGCCUUCUAUGGCUAGAUCUGUUUGGAAUAACCAUUCCCGUUACAUGGAGACUUAUUUGAAGCCAUAUCCAGGUUAUUAUUUCACCGGUGAUGGUGCUGGUAGAGAUCAUGACGGUUACUACUGGAUUAGAGGUAGAGUUGAUGAUGUUGUCAAUGUUUCUGGUCAUAGAUUAUCUACAUCUGAAAUUGAAGCUGCUAUUGGUGAACACCAAGCUGUUUCUGAGUGUGCUGUUGUGGGUAUCCCAGAUGAAUUGACUGGCCAAACCGUUGUCGCUUAUGUUUCUUUGAAGGAAAAUGCCUUAAAAGAUGCUGAUGGAGAUGAGGAAACUAAUCCAGAUGUCUUGCGUCGUGAAUUGAUUAUGCAAGUUAGAGGUGAAAUUGGGCCAUUUGCUGCUCCAAAGACCAUUAUUUUGGUUGAUGAUUUACCAAAAACUAGAUCCGGUAAAAUUAUGAGAAGAGUCUUAAGAAAGAUUGCCUCUAAUGAGGCUGAAGAAUUAGGUGACUUAUCUACUUUAGCUAAUCCAGAUGUUGUUCCAAAGUUAUUAACUGCGGUGGAAACUCAAUUUUUCGCUUUAAAGAAUAAAAAGAAAUAA